AUGGCGCAGUCGAAAGAGCAAGCAACGGAGGCGUUCCUGCUGACGGGCUUCUCAACCAUCCUGGACUGGAGGCCCACCCAGUUCUCCAGGCCGCCUCCUCGUCCACUCAUCUGUGACCUGUGCGGCGUGGUGUCGCUGAGACCCGUGUUUCCGGGAAGCUGUCCGCACUGGUACUGCACGAUGUGCUAUCGAAAUGUCUUGCGCCAUGACCCUCCGUUGUGUCCGUUGGAUCAGAAAGAGGUGUCAGAAAGCGACCUUGCAGGUGACGCUUUUUCUGUGGAUCUCGUUAAACUCUUGAAGGAGGCCGGCAUGCGUUGUCCCAACUCCGCCACUGGCUGCGACUACGUGCUCACCGAUGUGCUUCAGGUUGAAAAAUGUCAACGCUGCAUUAGUCCAUAUAUUCACUGUCCUGGACCGUCUCCGUCGUGUGGAUGCAGGUACAAGCCUCCUUUGACCGAUCUUGAGUUGCAUUACUCCAAAUGUCAGUUUCACAGGGUAUUCUGCGAGGCCUGUGAUGCUCCCGUUGCGAGCGGUAAGAUAGUAGAACACAUCAAAAACGGUUGCAAGCUUUCAGCGUCAGGAAACGGAAGUGAGGAGGCGGAAUACAAAGCAGGUUCGUCCUGA